UUCUGCGCACAAGCCCUUUAACUCGCUCAAUCUGUAUGAAAAAUUACAAACAAAGAGUAGAUUAUUUUCGCCUAGAUGUGAUAAUAUCCGUAAACGUUUGUAACUUGGACCACAAUAAAGCUGACAGUGUGAAUAAGUGAUUGAUACGCUCCCGGCCGGUCGGCGGUCAGUUCGCGCCGUGACCUUUACCCGAAGGGUCGUGUUGGCUCGCCAUUGGUCACUUGAUAGUGCUUGUUAUCAGCUCGUAUCUCUUAUCACUUGCGCCAUCUUUGCGUGAACAUGGAUAUCCCGCUGACGGAGAGCAUUUUACAGAAUAUCGUUUUGCUAGCAGGUGGAGGCAGCGUGGGCGGCGUGGGCUCGGUGGCCGGCGGGCUGUACGGCCAGAACAUGGUGAUGGGCUCCUGGUGCGCGCCCUACGACGCGCUGCAGCGCCCGCCCGCCUAUGAUGGCGUGCUGGAGGCGUACGAGGAGGGCCGCGAGUGCGUCAACUGCGGCGCCAACAACACGCCGCUGUGGCGCCGCGACUCCACCGGCCACUACCUGUGCAACGCGUGCGGCCUGUACCACAAGAUCAACGGGGUUAACCGCCCGCUCGUUAAGCCCAGCAAGAGGCUGUCAGCAGCGCGGCGGCACGGGCAGUGCUGCACGAACUGCGGCUCGCGCAACACGACACUGUGGCGCCGCAACAACGACGGGGAGCCCGUCUGCAACGCGUGCGGCCUCUACUACAAGCUGCAUGGGAUUAACCGGCCGCUAGCGAUGAGGAAGGAUGGCAUUCAAACCAGGAAGAGAAAGCCCAAGAAGUCAGCGAAUGGCACGAAGCCGCCGCAAGACGCGCCCAAGAAGGACGGGCAGGGAUCACCCGGCAUGGACGAUAGCAAAUCGAGUAUAGCUGAGAUGCCGCUGCCGCUGACGGCGUCGAUGUCGCACUCGAAGAGCCCGCGCGAGGCGCUGCCACAGAGCAGCGCGUCGCCGCACGCACACACGCACACGCACACGCACACGCAUGGGCACGCGCACGCACACGGGCACGCGCACGCGCAGGCGCAGUACCCGCUGGCGAUCCCGUCCAGCACGGCGUUCCUGUCCACGCCGUCGCUAUUCAACAUCAAGAGCGAGCCCAGCGCGGCCGCCGGCUACGAGCCCUACUCGCACUCCGCCAACGGGCCCUACCACUCGCAGCAGCACUACCUGCACGCGCUGCAGUACGGUCUGGGCAACGCUGAAGAGGAGGAAGGCAGCGGGUUCCUGCACCAGCGCAACGUCACCGCGCACGCCAAGCUCAUGGCGUCCACGUAGCAGCGAGAGCCAUUGAGUUAUAGUCCAUUUAGACAGAACUCAUCGGAACAUGGCCGACAAGAUUCCUGAAGUCAUCGUUUAUAUUUAUUGAUUGUGUCGAC